AUGGGUAAACGAUCAAAAAGAUUACUAACCAAGAUAAGUCUAAUUCUCUUGGCCGUCUUGUGCUUGUUUAACAUAUCAAGUCAAAGUAUGGACGUUGGCGGCCAACGUGUAGAACAACUCAAAUGCGAAUAUUCCACUCUCCCCAAUGGUCUUAAAUACCUUAUCAUCGCCCACCCCAAUAGCCCAGUCACCCAUAUUAGUAUUUCUAUCAAGAAGCACCACUGCACUGCAUCGACCAGAGAUAAGAAUCUCAGUCGCCUUUUAGAAGCACUUCUCAAACACAAGCUAAAGCCCGAAAACAGCAAUCCUGAGUGUAGAGAAUUCCUAGCCAAUCCCGCGGCCCAUAAAGUCACAGAUAGCGGCAAUUUCAUCACUAUCGAGUUCGCCUCAAAUGGUCUCACAUCUCUAGUUCCCUUCAAACUCCUACACUCAUCUAUUCUUUCCCCGCCAACACCAGAGAUAAUUGCCAAAGUCAAAGAACAAUGUUUUCCAAACCCACAGCCAGACACACCCGAAACCCAUCUUUCCGAUGCCCAAAUCACUAAGGAAUGGGCCGCUACGCUCUCUUUUCCGAAUUGCCGACUUACAGUGGUUACUCCCAACAAACCGACCAAUAUACUUAACUUUCUAAAUCGCCAGUUCCACCAGCAUCACCAACGCCUAUCACCCAGAAUGUAUCCAUUUAAUGCUACAACGCCCUAUCACUUGGUUAAUCCCCCUCAAUUACUGAUAUAUCCUAAAAAGGUCUGUUCUUUAAGUCCAUCCGAAAAAUCAACAAUUACUCUUCUUAUCCCAUUGAUUGAUGGCGUCAUAACCAACAUUAUGCAUUCCCUAUCUGACGUCUACCAUCUACUCGGCUAUUGCAACCUAUUAUACACCGAUUAUCUUCGAACCCGCUUCAGUAAUGGUGUUCGGAUCAAAAGUAUGCCUUUAAUCUCUCUGGAAACCAUGCUAGCUAUUUAUAUGACCAUCGAAGUCGACAGCACUGAGGAACUCCAUAUUCCUGAGGUUCUAGAUCUAAUAGAAGGUUUUCUUCAAGCGAUCAAAGCAUAUUACAGACAACCCGAUGGGGCUUUAUAUCGGUUCUACAAUGAAACCAUAUUACCCGGCUCGAGACCAGAUCCUGGCAUACUAUUAGGUGCUCUUGCCAAUCUAGCCUCAGUCCAGAUGUUCUUUAUUGACCCAGCGGAUAUCAUUAAGUUUGUCUUCAUGGCAGAGGCUUCUCCUAUGGAGGCUUACAACAUGGAUGCCCUAGUUGAUACAGCAAUGGACCGAAAUAAUUGGCAUGUAUGCGGCAAACUCAACCAUGUUCACUGGCGGCAAAUGCCAGGACGAGCAUCCGCCACCCCAAUGGUUCAACCGAUACCAGAAACAACCAGGAAAGCCGAAGAAGUCAAAAACAUUAUCUGCCUAAGUAACUUCACCCCUGAACAAGGCCAAACUCAGACUCCUUUAGAUAAUCAGCAGUCUAGCUCACAUAAUUCCAGCCCCACACCUCAACCAAAGAGCACCACUUCUAGCUCCAGGCCAAAUAAGCGGCCACAACUAGCCCCACUCCGGAUUCUACCCGACCCGAUUGAAUUCUUCCCAGAAACCCCAUCCAACAUACCUCCUGCUAAUCCGCUCAGCAACUCGCCCCCUACAGUAUACAACAACAGGCAUAACGAACCCGGUCUUAAAGCAUGCUUUUUCGCCAGCUCCCAACCCGCUCCCCACGCAAUAGCUAUUGUUAUACUCAAUACCAUCGAGUAUCUUAACAGCAUUCAAAGCUAUAUCUGGCACCUUGCUCGCGUGCUAGUAGUAUUAGAUGAAAUCAGAACCUCUCAUCAGCCCUGGCUGGAACGGGCCAAAGUGCUUAUAGAGACUGAGGUUAGUGACAAUGGCAAGAUCACAGUUGUUGUUCGCGGAUCGAACACAGGAAUUAACGAUAUACUCGAUGUGUUCUUUUUACUCUACAAAACCCAUCAUGCCACUGCCGCCCAGGAAGACAGAGCUAUGUCUAAGGCCUAUAACUUCUUUAUGAACAAAGCCCAGCAAUCAUCACGACCUAUACAGAAAUGCAUGUUCUCUCGUAUCUGGCAAAUACCUCUAUACACCCCUGCGCAAUGCUACGAAUACAUUUUGGAAAACAACACUGUCUUAGGCAUAUCGGCCGUUAAUAAAGCCUCAAUCAAAAUAAGAGUUGAAAAUGCGCCAGUCAACCUCUUCCAUGCCAUCAUUAAAACGGUCAAAAAGCACAUUAAACCCGAGCCAUAUACUAAGUACGAACUAAUUAGCCUGCACGAGGCAUCCACUCACAAAGCACCGAAAACAAAAGAGAUCUCAGCCUUCGUUGGAUAUUUCCAUAUUAAUCCAAACCAAACCAUCCAAAAAAGCAACUACCAGAUCCUGGCAUACUAUUUAUUGCUUGGUUGCUUCCCACCAACACACCUCGCCAACCAUUCUAAUAUCCAAGAAAUAGAAGCCUGGGUAUAUACGCAACUAACAAACCCACCCCACAACCCAUCAGGAGCCCCGCCUGAUUAUCAUGCUUUAUCAAAGCUAAACUUUGAUCCAAGGAUUCUCAAUGAUCUUGUGCAGUCGGUUACUAUCUUCGAUGAGACUAUUAUUAUGGAUCAUGUUUUAAGCGGACAAUAUGAUUCUGAUGCGCUUAUCAGCACAACUAUAGCCUAUCAAAGAUACGUGCUUUGGAUGCUUUACAAACUCACUCCUCAACAGUUUGAUGCCUACAAGCAACAAAUACAGAAUGCGUUUACUAAAGUUAAUAGCUCCAGCAACAUCUUCGAUAAGACAGCUAUACUCUUCGGCUGCGAUGAGUUUUGGAAUGACUUACACUACCAGAAAACGUUUAUAGCCACUCUCCAGACGAUCACCAUAGAGGAGCUUCGUCUCUUUUUCCUAAACCACUGCCAGAAACCUCAUGUCGUGAUCUAUCCAGAAUCCCUACAAUCCUACCACCCCCCGCAACCACCAUUGCUAACCCCGUUUAAAUCUUCACUAAAACGGCCAUCAUCCACCCCUUUCAAUGAACUUGACCCUAAGCAACCUAGCAAGAGAUUCAACCAGUCCAGCCCAAUACCAGCCCAACACUAA